AUGUCAUGCGCGGUAGACAACCCGCAGCGCGUGCUUGCGAACCCGGUCGUAUCAUACCUGCAGAACAACUCGCCGUACGAGUGCGCAGCUCUGUGCGGAAACCAGGACUACUCAUACGCCGGGGUCGAGUACGGCGACGAGUGCUACUGCGGCACCGGCUAUGUCGAUGGCGUCAUGCCGCCGACUGCGAACUUGUCGGACUGCAGCAUGCUCUGCUCCGGGGGCUAUUACUGGUACUGUGGAGGGUCCUGGAGGAUGCAGGUCUACAAG